ACAAAUGGAACCACGGGGCGACAAGGGAUUAUUCAAACAUUCAUGGUUCCGCACACUGGUGUAUAUCUGAUAAAGGCCUGGGGUGCCCGAGGAGGAACACACUCGACAAACUACGGUUAUUUUCCUGGAACGUUCUAUGGUGGUAGAGGGGCAAGGAUGCAAGGAACGUUUACCUUGAAUAAAGGAACUGUACUGAAUAUUGUGGUGGGACAACGCGGAGGAGAUUCAGUGGAGGUAAGAGGUGGACAGUCCACUAACUUGACAGCUGCUCAGCUGGGACUGUCUGUAGAGGACAAUGCUGGAACUGGGGGAGGCGGAGGGAGCUUUGUUUAUACAACAAGUAACGUGCUUUUGUUAGCUGCCGGAGGAGGAGGGAGUGCAUCUAGCGGGUAUCACGGGGUGGAUGGUCAGGCGUGUACUAGCGGCACCAGUAGCGUUGGAAGAUUUUUAAGUGCUGUUCGUAGCGGAGGAACUGGAGGGAAUCCUGGUCAGUGUAACAGUAUAGGCGCUAGUUGGCAUGGGGGAGUAGGUGCGGGAUGGUUAGGCCAAGGUUGUUCCAGGAACGGGUCCGAGCAUGGUGAAAGAGGCGGGUCACGUGCUCAGGGCUGGGUAGGUGGACGUGCUGGAGAAAUGAAUAGUGGCUACAACGGAGGGCCUCCCCCUGGGGCUGUAGGAGGAUUUGGCGGUGGCGGUGGCGGAUCGGAAGAUAAUGGUGCACAAAGGCAUCAGGAGGAGGUGGUGGAUACUCUGGGGGAGGUAGCGGCACAUACCCAAACCAAGCAGGAGGGGGAGGGGGCUCUUACUGUAGUGGCUCAACUUGUUCAGGCGUGACUGGGGGUAAUUCAGAUGACAAUGGACUUGUACAAAUCGUACAAUUGGCUGUCUAA